AUGAUAAGCUCACUAGUAAACCGAAUUGUUGGCGUGGCGACGCUUGCCGUGGCGACGGGUUGCCAAGCUAUACUAAGAUCGCUCUACACAGAGCCGCUACAUAUAUGUGGCACAAGCCAACGCUUGGGCUUCUUUAUCGUUUGCUCAGGCGGAACGCUUAGGAGGAACAUAAAAGCGGAACAGUCUGUCGGAACACGACAUUUUUUCAUGAGUGCUGUCGGUGUUAAUCAAUUUAUAAGACAUUAUCACGUCAAAAAAUUAUAUUAUCCCUCUUCCAUUUUGUGGAACUAUAUAUUCUUCAGUCCAGUUUCAUUUUUGAUCAGUAUUUUGAAGACAACAAUGCAGUUCCCAGUAGUCAUAUUUUUGAUCUCUGUUCUCUUGCAAUGCACCUCCGUAGCGAUCGGCAAACCAUCUGAAAAAGAGCAUUCACCAAGUUUCUCACCCUCCAAGGGUCGAGAAUACAUGUUGGGCCUAUCAUCUUACCAGAAAGAUCAAAACGUUCACAUGAACCAGAGAGGUGAUCAGGCGAUUCAGCAAAGUCCAUUUAAAGGGAAUAACAUUGUUCCAGUUCCGACAAAGAAGGAAGAAUAUUCAAGCCAGAUACCAGAUUCUCUAGUAAUAAUUGGACCCAACUCAAAAAUCACUCCAGGUUCUGCGUCAGAACGCUUCGAAAUUCCGUUCAUUCGGAGUCCACCAAAUGGGCAUUUGGACAUGCUUAUUCGCUGGGCUGAUUAG